CUGCUGCCCUCUCCAUUACCUACAACAGCAUGAGCCCAUCCCUUAAUGUUCUUUACAAUUUCAUAUAUAGUUCUUGCUAAGUAGAACCUCAAGAUCUCUCAUUCUGUUACAAACUAUGGAUUUAAGUGGCACCACAAUACUUCUCCUUAUAUUCCUAAUAACUUGUCUGGUGUUUUUGACUAAAUGGGUAAGACCUAGCAAACGUUUGCCCCCUGGGCCAAUGCCACUUCCAUUUAUUGGAAACAUGCACCAAGUCAAGACGAAUGAUCUCAUUGAAUCUUUGGUUGAGCUAAGCAAGAAGUAUGGCCCUCUAUACACCAUUUACCUGGGCUCUCGUCCUGCUGUGGUACUCUGUGGUCAUCAAAUUCUCAAGGAGGCUCUAAUAGACCAUGCAGAAGAGUUCAGUGGAAGAGGUGAAUUCCCAGCCGUGCAGAUGUACAGCAAAGGAAAUGGGCUUGUAUACGGUAAUGGAGAGAGGUGGAGGCAGUUAAGACGUUUUGCAAUCUCUACACUGAAGUAUUUCGGCAUGGGGAAAAGGAGUUUGGAGGAAAAAGUGAAAGAAGAAGCCCAGUAUUUAAUAGAAGAAUUGAGAAAAAGUGAAGGAAAGCCCAUAGACCCAACAUUUGGCUUUAGCUCAGCUGGCUCAAACAUUGUCUGUUCUUUGGUGUUUGGAGAGCGGUUUGGUUACCAGGAUAAGGAAAUUCUCAACUUACUGUACCUGAUAAACAAUAGCUGGCGUUUGAUGAGUUCCACUUGGGGUCAAUUGCUUUUUGUCUUUCCAAAAAUCAUGAAACAUAUCCCAGGGCCACACAGACAAAUAUACAAGACCUAUCUCAAGCUUGGAGCCUUUGUGACCAACAGGAUAAAAAUUAACAAAGAAACUCUUAAUUCUGACAACCCACGUGAUUUCAUAGACUACUUCCUCCUAAAAAUUGAGCAGGAAAAGAAAAAUCCAGACUCUCACUUUAUCUAUGAGACAAUGCUGAAAACCACUGUCAAUUUAUUUUUUGCUGGUAUAGCAACAGUUGGAACAACCCUGAGAUAUAGUUUCCUAAUCUUCCUAAAGUACCCAGAAGUGGAAGAAAAAAUUCACCAGGAAUUAGAUGAUGUGAUUGGCCGAGAAAGAAGCCCAUGCAUGGAUGACAAAGACAAGAUGCCAUACACCAAGGCUGUCCUAUAUGAAAUUCUGAGGUUUGCAAAUAUUGUCCCCAUGGGUAUUCCUCAUGCUGUAACAAGGAACAUCAGGUUUCGAGGCUACGACCUACCAGAGGGUCUGAACAUCAUUCCACUAAUUGUUUCAUCCCACAAUGAUCCCACUGAGUUUAAGAAUCCCAACUCGUUUGAUCCAACACAUUUCCUGGAUGAGCAGGGGAACUUCAAGAAAAAUGAGAGUUUUAUGGCCUUCUCAGCAGGGAAGCGACUCUGCCUUGGUGAGGGUCUUUCGCUAAUGGAAUCAUUUAUCUUCAUAACCACAAUACUCCAGAACUUCAAAACAAAGCCAAUUGUGGAUCCAAAAGACAUUGAUAUCACCCCUGAGAGUCGUGGUGUAGGAAGCAUCCCCCGGCCAUACAAGAUAUGCUUCAUACCUCGCUGAUGAUGAGUUGGAGGAAUCUUGGUUUGAAUAAAAAUCAAACUUAUAUAAUAA